AUGGAUGUGGAGUUGGUGAAAGGGCUGUUGGAAACUAUCCAAAAUGCAAUGGUUUUAAAUAAGCGGUACGACAAAGUAGCGGUGCCAAUUUUCGACCCGGACAAAAGCAACGACGGAGCAGCUGCCUGGUGCAAAAGCUUUGAUAAGUUUGGAGACGAGUUAAAAUGGAGCAGCUUUGAGAAGGUUGCAAAAUCCGGAUUUGACAAGUUGCCAAAAGACGAAAGAGUUGAAAAGAACCAGAGCCAGGGAUUAUUGUUUUUUUUUUGUGAGGUCGAUGUGCUAAAUUUUGCGAGACAUCUAUUGCGGAAUCAUUGUACGGAACCCGAAGUACAAAUUCGGAAUGUUAUAAAAUGUGUUAAACCUAUGAAAAAGAGUAAUGUUUAUCCACACAUCGAUUACUUACCAUGUGAAAAAUGUUUAGGCUUCUACUCUAGGAAACAAUUGUGGAAACAUAAGAAGACAUGUCAACCGUUAUCCGAUACCGCCAACACUCAAGUUCAGUCUCAAAAUUUUAUGUUACGCAACCUAAAUAUUGACAAAAAACUUAAAGAUGAGGUAUUUCCAAAAAUGAGACCUGACAAAAUAUCACUAGAAGCUAAAAGAGACACGUUAAUCUGUGCGUUUGGAGCCCAAUAUUUAAGGAUUCAUCGAGAAAAACACUUCGUAAACGUUACAUCGCGACAAAUGAGAGAAUUGGCUAAAUUGUUACUAGAAUUGAAGACGCUGAAACCGUCACUUAAAAAUUUGAUGGAUUGUUUGAAACCUCAAAACUAUGAUCUAAUUGUUACUGCAACUAAAAAAGUAUCAAGUUACAAUUGUAAAUUAGAUCGCUAUGGUGCUACAACAUAUGCCAUGAACAUCAGCACUAGCCUAAAACAGUGUUGCAACAUAGCCAUAAUGACUACAUUAAAAUCAGGCAGCAGUGUGGAAACUGCUGCAGUAGAGGCUGAUCUAAAGACGCUAAUUCGUCUCAUCAAGACUAAUUGGAAGUUUGAUGUUUCAAACCAGGCCUGCAAUGACUUAAACUUAAAAAAAAGGAAUAAAAUUACAAUUGUUCCUCUUGCGAAAGACUUAAAACUCCUUAAAAAUUAUCUUUGCGAAAAAUCUAAGUCUGCAGCAUCUAAGUUAAUAGAAUUCGAAACUAGCAAUAUUGAAGCGUACAACACUCUAACAGAGACAGUUUACUGCCGCGUUCUUCUUCUCAACAGACGUCGGCCUGGUGAACUGCAACGUCUCCCACUCAGCAUCUACCAAGAGAGCAGCAAUGACAAAAGCGCAUAUGAGGAAUUUGACCGAGCUAUUUCAAGUGCGGAAAAAGUGUUGGUAAAUAGUUUUAAGCGUAUUGUUAUACGGGGUAAAAGAGGUCGAGGUGUGCCCGUUCUGUUGACUGGCGAAGUCCAAAGUGACAUCAAUUUGCUUAUCUCUGUCUUGAAAAAGUAUGCCACUGCAAGUGGAGCUCGAAAUCCUGCAGCUAUUACUACGACUAAGCUACGCAAACAUUUGGCUACGUUGACUCAGAUGUUUAACCUUAAAGAAUCAGACAUUGAACAACUAGCUAACUUUAUGGGGCACACACAGGCUGUCCACAGACAAAACUAUAGAUUACCCGAUGACGUGUAUCAGACGGCCAAACUAUCAAAACUACUGCUGCUCAUGGAGAGUGGCAAAGCAGACUCUUAUAGAGGCAAAUGUUUGGAUGACAUAAACUUAGAUUUAGAACAAGAUUUACUAGAAAACGCACAGGGCCACGAUAAUUACGACAGUGAUGAAUUAAUAGAUUACGAUGCUGCAUUACCAACUGAAAAAUCAAAAGAAACGGAGUUCAUAGACGAUAACCCUGUCCUUACUCCGCAGUCAACUCUACUUAGCGAUGCUACCAAUGCUACACAUAUUAAAACAAAGAAAAAACGAAACCUUGUUCCUUGGACCACAGAACAGAAAAGUAUAGUUAAAAAGUUUUUUAGCAAACAUAUUAAAAAUAAACAACCGCCAAAACGCCAUGAGUGCGAGGAACUUCGUAGUCAACAUACUGAAAUUCUGCACAACAAAGACUGGUUAAAAAUAAAAGUCUUCGUCCAAAAUGCCUAUACAAACAACAAAUAG